CCUGGAGACCAUCAGGGGAAACGCUGCGUUGAUCACUGUGUUCAUUAAAUCCGUUUUCUGUGUAAAUAACCUGCACUUUCUUACUAAAAUACACAUUUCCCAUCAGGGUAACAAUGAGUCAACGACAGAUCAUUCAAGUUUUUGAGCAGUAUCAGAAGUCAAGGAUGCAGUUUGUGCAAACGGUCGCUGAUCUGGCAGCCAGACCACAGAACAUAGAAAUGCUUCAAAAUGCUGGGGUGAUGACCCUGCUGCGGCCCCUGAUGCUGGACAGUGUGCCCGGGAUCCAGCAGACCGCCGCGCUGGCUCUGGGCCGGCUGGCCGACCACAGCGACUCGCUGUCGGAGGCCGUGGUCCGGGAGGACAUCCUGCCGCAGCUGGUCCUCUCUCUGGCCUCGCAAAACAGGUUCUAUAAGAAAGCAGCAGCCUUCGUUCUGCGAGCCGUUGCCAAACACACCCCCGAGCUGGCCCAGGCGGUGCUGGCCUGCGGGGGGGUCGAUGCUCUGGUGCUCUGCCUGGAGGAGUUCGACCCCGGUGUGAAGGAAGCGGCUGCCUGGGCUCUCAACUACAUCGCCCGGCACGACGCACAGUUGUCUCAGUCGGUGGUGGAUGCCGGCGCCGUGCCCCUCCUGGUGCUUUGUCUUCUGGAGCCGGAGAUGGCCCUCAAACGCAUCGCGGCCUCUACCCUCAGUGACAUCUCCAAACACUCCCCGGAGCUGGCCCAGACCGUGGUCGACAACGGAGCCAUCGCACACCUGGCCCAGAUGAUCCUCAGCCCUGACGCCAAGCUCAAGAGGCAGGUGUUCUCCGCCCUCAGUCAGAUCAGUAAGCACUCGGUCAGCCUGGCGGAGAUGGUGAUUGAGGCGGAGGUGUUCCCUGCAGCCAUCGCCUGCCUCAAAGACCCUGAUGAGUACGUGAGGAAGAACGUCACCACUCUGAUGAGGGAGGUGGUGAAACACACACCAGAGCUGUCCCAGGUGAUCGUGAACUGUGGAGGCAUGGCAGCUGUGAUCGACUUCCUGGGCGAGUCCAGUGGAAACCUGCGGCUGCCGGGGAUCAUGAUGCUGGGAUAUGUGGCGGCUCACAGCGAGAACCUGGCCAUGGCUGUCAUCCUCUCCAAGGGGGUGCCACAGCUGGCCCUGUGUAUGUCCGAGGAGCACGAGCACCACAUCAAGGCGGCCAUAGCCUGGUCCAUCGGACAGAUUGGACACCACAGCCCUGAGCACGCCAAGGCGGUGGCCACCUCCAACCUCCUGAGCAAACUGCUGGAGCUGUACAUGGAGGCCAGCAGCUCCGAGGACCUGCAGGCCAAAAGUAAGAAGGCCCUGAAGAGCAUUCUGCAGAAGUGCACCUACCUGCCGGGUCUGGAGCCGCUCCUCUACGAUGUUCCCAGCAACAUCCUCAAACACGUGGUCUGCCAGUUCAGCAAGGUGCUCCCUCAUGACAGCAAGGCUCGCCGGCUGUUUGUGACCAGCGGAGGUCUGAAGAAGCUCCAGGAGAUCGAGGCGGAGCCCGGCUCCCCUCUGCAGGAUCACAUCAACAACAUCAACAGCUGCUUCCCCGAGGAGAUCGUCAGGUACUACUCCCCUGGGUACUCAGAGGUGUUGCUGGAGCGGUUAGAGAGAUUCCAGCCGGCCUGACAUCAGUCACACAAGUUCAAAUGUUACCAUGAAAAUGUGCCUUUACAGUAAAUUCAACAUUUUAAAGAGCAGUUUUACAUCUUAGUUAUUUUGUGUG